ACGGCUCUGGCAUCCGCUCGUCGGGGCUGCCGGGCCGCCUUUUCGCGGGAGGCGGCAGCGAUUGGUCAGGUCUGGGUCCAAGAUGGCGGCUAACGCGACCACCAACCCCUCUCAGCUACUGCCGCUCGAACUUGUGGACAAAUGCAUAGGUUCGCGCAUUCAUAUUGUGAUGAAGAGCGAUAAAGAAAUUGUUGGAACGCUUCUAGGGUUUGAUGACUUUGUCAAUAUGGUAUUAGAAGAUGUUACAGAAUUUGAGAUUACACCUGAGGGCAGAAGAAUCACAAAGCUAGACCAGAUUUUGCUAAACGGAAAUAACAUAACAAUGCUGGUUCCUGGAGGAGAAGGACCGGAAGUAUAAAUUGAUACAGUUGUCAUCUAUGAAGACAUGUUUUUUAUAUAUAUAUGUGUGUGUAUAUAUAUAAAAAAAAAAAUCUAAAUAGAGCUUUUGGGGUAUGGGUGUGGGUGGGUUUUGGUGUGGGUGGGUUGUUUUUGUUUACAUGCUCUUGCAGUUGACAUUUGAUAAAAGACAAGGAUUUCCUCUCCAGGAAAGGUGCAUUGCUAAUGAUAAUGCUGACUUUGUAAGUUGAAAUAAUGACUUUUUUGUAAAGAUGCACUAAUCUGUUCUGAAUAAAAGGCUUUCUUUUUAUUAGUUACUGCGUUCUGUUAUGUAAGUGUACAUAUUAGGUAUUUUUAUAACUGGUUGAUGGAACGGAAAAGUAAUAGUUAUGUUUCAGUUGCUGUCAGUCUUCAGUUUUUCUACAUCUGUUGUAUUUGUUUAUGGCCUAAGUCUACGAGUUGUGAGCUAUUCCUUGGAGUACAGGCAGAUACUAAGCUGGAUCAUUUGUUUAAACACUGCUUCAGGCUGUGUCACCAGAAACCAUGUGGUAGGGUGCUGUAGAAUUCUGAAAGCACUUUGAAGUGGAUGCAGUCUGUUUGAUGCUCAGCAGCCUGUGGUUCUGCUGGCCUUGAGGUUCAGGUGUCUUGAAAUUCUUUUGCUUGGUAGAUAUACUUUCUUACAGAAAAGGCACUGUAAUGGUAUUUGGCAAGUGUGGACAGACAGACGAGACCUAGUUCUUGUUGAGGGGGUAAAAAAAAAAAAAAGCCAAAAAAACCCGGUGGCCUUAAAACUUCUCAUUCGUGUCAGUGGUGACUCUGCUUUCACCACUAUGUGGUGCUGUGUAUACUCAAUUAAAUUGUGAGCUGCCCAUAACUGCUUGGGUAGUUCUGAGUAGGGGUUUUAGAGUAAAUGUUCUUUUGGCUGCAUCUGUUCUCCUGUGAUAUAAAAACUUGGCAGAUAUUUGGAGCAACUGCUACUUCAGGAGAAUCUCUAUAAAGUUGCUAGUUUUGUCAUGAUGGAAUAAGAAAAUAACUGAUUCUAAAUCAUGUCCACUGCAGCUUUUGCCUCUAUAAUGUGCUACUCAACUGGUUUCUAUGUGUAAAUGUCUUUGGACAUUGUGCUGUUACUGUAGACGAGCAGGGUAGAGUAUGGGCUCACAGGGAAGGACAUGCUUUGCCUUCAUGUCAUCAGAAGAAGAAAGAAGAGUUGAAGAAAGGGGCUCAGGAGGACGAGACUGCAAAGAAGUACUAGAUCCUUUAGUGUUGCUUUAUCUGACAGAAAAGCUGCCUUCUGCUAGCUGCGUCUUAGCUCGAAAUACAGUGAGAACUUCUUGCCUUAGCCUAUCGAAAGGGAAAGAGACUCCCUCCGCUCUCCCAGGGAGUGUGCUCCUUUUGACUCGCUUGUUCUGAAUAUAUAUAUAAUAUUUAGAUUGCAUGGUGACAAGCUAUACCAUUGACUCACUGAAUGGUUUUUCAUUUCUGUUCCCACAUCCUUCUCCAGCUUUUUUCAUGAUAUCAAUUAAAAAAAAAAUAAUUUUUUUUAACUUACAUUUGAUUGGAAUAUCAUCUGUCAGUUUUGGCACCAAACACUUUAUUUCCUAGAAAUAAGUCAAGCAUUUUCAUCAGAACACUUCAAACAUUUUUAGCCGGUGUAGUACUGUUGUGUUGGGGUAUUUUUGAAUAAGAUUCUAUAUGUGUUCCAGUUUGUGUACUUAAUUUCUACUUCACUCAGUAUUUUGAAAAGAGUCUUAAACAGAAGAAAGGUUUAAUGCUUGGCAGAGAAAAAGAGCAGAUCUUGACUCAAAAGCAACUUUUCAAAGGGCAAGGUAAAUUAUUUUGUUUCUUUUGGGUUUUUUAUUCUGUCAGCGCAAACAUCUUGUUUUCUCUGGAUUUUGUUAUCUCUGGGGAAAAAAAGCUUGAUAUUGCCUCACUUCCUACUUCUCUGGUUGUAUUUUUUUCACUCCCUCCAGAGGAAGUGCUAAGACUGUUAUCUUUUAGGAAGACAUUUUAAUUCAUGACUCAGAGGUCUGCAGACAUCACUCUAGGGAUAGUUUCUGUGCAUCCAAACGCUGAUAAUCCUUUAUAAUAUGAAAGGCAAGAUUUGUAACUUUGAACUGAGAAUUUGAAGUAUUCCGGAUGUGGCUGGUUCCUUUGCAUUCAAUAUUCUUUAGCCUGUUGCUUUGGGAGUGCAGGUAAAGCUUUUCAAUUGAAUAAGCGAAUAGCGGUGGUUUGGUUUUGGUUUUUUUUUUCCUCCCCUAGAAAUCUAGUGCUUAAUCAUACUGCACUGUUCUGUAGAAGUUAUGGAUGCUGUGGUGUUCUCCAGAAUGCUACUUAGGGUGCUACUACAAGUAGGUAAUUUAAAAUAAUAACCGUAGGCUUUAAAAAUAUGUAAAAGUUAAUGAUGUUUAAAGAUUAGAACAGGGUAGUCUCUGGUUUAAAUUACUUCAUGCUUAUCACGUGCACAGUGAUGAUUCAGUUUUUUGUUUGUUUGUUCAGUUUUGGUUUUUUUCCUUCUUUAUGAUGGCACUGGUUGCAGUCAUCUUUAAUUUUACUACAUGGCUUAGUAUGGACAUGGUUCCUUUACUUUCUGCCUACUAUUUCGGUUUACUUGCAGACAUAGUUAAGAUAGCUGUUUGGAGCUGUGGAGUGAAUAUAUAUGUGUGUGAGCGUGUGUGAAAAUAGUAAGACCUAAAGUGCCCUCCCCACAUCCUUGGUUUUUGCUGACCUGUAUUUCAGUGUUAGCAAGAUUUUAAACUGACACAAGUAUUGCUGUUGCAAAUGUUUCCAUGUUUGUCUAACAAUUCUGAUGAAAUAAAUAAAAAAACCCAAAUCAAAACACUUAAGUGUUUUGUUGCUUGCCCUGUAACUAUAUAGG